AUGCAUCUUCAAUCUGGGCAGUGGACCCUUUUGCUUGGAAUCAUAUCGGCAUGCUUGUUCGCUUCGGUCGAGUCUAAGGAUUCAUCGGAGAAUCCAAAAGAAGCCUUCACAUUUGACCAGCUCUGGAAACUCGAGAAGGGCUUUUGGGAUUCGUUUCUCUACCCUGCAAACCUCAAACAGACCCAAGGCAAUGAAUCGACUAUUUUCGCUUCAGACGUACAAGGCCGUGUCGACAUUACCCGCACCUUUGACGGCGAUGAGUUAAACCGCGAAUAUAUCUUCGGCUUAUUCGCUGACCCAGACCACGUCAGUCUAGUCGGUAUCCCGAUCGCAUAUAACAUCACUCAAUUUACCGCCAAUGACAACAUCGCAUCCGCGACAACGGUCGUCACCUUCAACGCAACCAGUUUCGGUGUCCUUAUCCCAGUGACAAUCGACACAUGGAUCAAGUUCAACACCGACGGGAAGAUCGCACAGUACGAUGCCACAUUCCGCUGGUUCGAGUAUCUACUGGACUUCCUGGUCGAAGGAGUCGCAACCAAAAUAAAUGCGACUGAGCCUGACCAGGCUGUUGCCUAUGUUGCUGAUUUACUGGCCACGACCAUCUGUGAUACACAUGAAAAGUAUUGCACGGGUUCGAACCAGCAAUAUACAGACACCCCAACUUGCUAUGACUUUUUGACUAAGACUCUACGCUUUGGAAAGGCCCACGAGCUCGGGCGUAACACAUUGCUGUGUCGUGAGGUUCAUGAGCAUAUGGUGCAGUACCGGCCCGACGUGCAUUGUUCGCAUAUCGGUCCUGGGGGUGGUGGAUACUGUGUUGAUGAUAUGAAUUACACCCAAACUGUGCUACAGAGGUACUUUAAUGAUUCCUGGAUUCCGUUUGGAUAUGGCACGGAUCAGAAUAUUUGGCUCGCCAACUGA